GAAGACGUCCAGUAAUCGAGUUGCUGUGAAGUCUCCGGGGCCGAGGCCUAAAGACUUUUUUUUUAUUUUUUGUAAACGCCCGCCGUUAAAAUUGUGUGUGGAUGCCCGGAUUUCGGUGCCCGUUUUGACCGGGGGUGAACCGAUGAAGCACUUUAGCCUGUGAUCGAAGCAGAAACGGUCGGAAACGUUAGCCAGCUAGUUGAAGCUACCGCUAACUGCCAGCGAGGAAGUGAGGAACGAAAAAAAUGACAUCUCGGAGGUGGUUUCACCCCAACAUCACAGGUGUGGAGGCUGAAAACCUCCUGCUGACUCGUGGGGUGGAUGGGAGCUUUUUAGCCAGACCCAGUAAGAGUAAUCCAGGAGACUUCACCCUCUCAGUACGGCGAAAUGGAGCCGUCACUCAUAUUAAGAUCCAGAACACGGGAGACUACUACGACCUGUACGGCGGGGAGAAGUUUGCCACUCUUGCAGAGCUGGUGCAGUAUUACAUGGAGCAUCAUGGGCAACUGAAGGAGAAAAACGGUGACGUCAUUGAGCUCAAGUAUCCGCUCAACUGUGCUGAUCCCACCUCAGAGAGAUGGUUCCACGGACACUUGUCGGGCCGGGAGGCUGAGAAGCUGCUGACGGAGAAAGGGAAGAACGGCAGCUUCCUGGUGAGAGAGAGCCAGAGCCAUCCGGGGGAUUUUGUCCUGUCGGUUCGUACAGGAGACGACAAGACGGACAGCAGUGACAGCAAACCCAAAGUCACUCACGUCAUGAUCUGCUGCAAGCACGACCUGAAAUACGACGUCGGCGGAGGCGAGAAGUUCGACUCCCUCACCGACUUGGUAGAGCACUACAAAAAGAACCCCAUGGUGGAAACUCUGGGCACCGUGCUUCAGCUAAAACAGCCUCUGAACACUACUCGUAUUAACGCGGCAGAGAUCGAAAGUCGAGUUAGGGAGCUGAGCAAACUUGCGGAAGCCACAGACAAGGUCAAACAGGGCUUCUGGGAAGAAUUUGAGACGUUGCAGCAACAGGAGUGCAAGCUGCUCUACAGUCGUAAAGAGGGCCAGAGAGCCGAGAACAAAAACAAGAACAGAUACAAGAACAUUCUGCCAUUCGACCACACACGCGUGGUGCUGAAUGAUGGGGACCUAAAUGAGCCGGGCUCCGACUACAUCAACGCCAAUAUCAUCAUGGUAGUAUCCACUGUCAUGCCGGAGCUGGACUCAAAGUGUAACAGUACCAAGGUGAAGAAGAGCUACAUUGCCACUCAGGGCUGUCUGCAGAACACCAUCAGUGACUUCUGGAGGAUGGUGUUUCAGGAAAACUCUCGAGUCAUCGUCAUGACGACCAAAGAGGUGGAGAGGGGGAAGAGUAAGUGUGUGAAGUACUGGCCCGACGUCUCGGCUCUGAAGGAGUACGGCGCCAUGCGCGUUCGCAAUGUCAGAGAGACGGCGGCACACGACUACAUCUUAAGAGAGCUCAAACUGUCCAAAGUGGGACAGGGCAACACAGAACGUACAGUUUGGCAGUACCACUUCAGGGCCUGGCCGGACCACGGCGUCCCCACCGACCCGGGCGGCGUACUCGACUUCUUAGAGGAAGUCAACCUGAAGCAGGAGAGCAUACUGGACGCCGGGCCUAUAGCGGUACACUGCAGCGCGGGGAUCGGGCGGACGGGAACGUUUAUAGUGAUCGACAUCCUGAUAGAUGUGAUCAGAGAAAAAGGGGUGGACUGUGACAUCGACGUGCCAAAGACCAUCCAGAUGGUUCGUUCUCAGCGCUCUGGGAUGGUGCAGACCGAGGCGCAGUACAGAUUCAUCUACAUGGCUGUGCAGCAUUACAUAGAGACGCUGCAGAGACGCAUAGAGGAAGAGCAGAAAAGUAAGAUUAAAGGGCGCGAGUACACCAACAUUAAGUACUCUAUGUCUGACCUGACUGGAGGGGAGCAGAGCCCUUUGCCUCCUUGUACUCCUAUUCCUACUCCCACCUGCACAGAGAUGAGGGAGGACAGCUCUAGAGUGUAUGAGAACGUGGGCCUGAUGCAGCAGCAGAAGAGCUUCAGAUGAGAUUCACCUUUGACCCCAGUGCUCUAUCAGUUCCAGGAUCUUGAUACCUGACAGGUUUUUUCGCCAGCCACACCUUGACGCCUGAGACUUGACCGUGUUGACAUGGAACAAUAGAGGAAAAAAAAAAAACAAAAAAACAAAACAAAAAACAACAACAACAACAACAACAACAACAACACAGAAACGUGAGAGAGACCAGACACCAGGGUCCUCCUGUUCUCGCUCAUCUUACAUGAACAUUUGCCCUGUAGUUGAAUUCUAAACCACUGUGAUCAUCAGAAGAGCCUUUGAGAAGCCUAAAUCCCCCGACUAAACCGCAGUUUGGGUUUAGCCUUUGUAAAUCUCGCCGCGACAAGGGCUGCAAACAGCGAGCACUCUCCUCAGAGGGAAAAACCUAGCUAACCUUUUGCUCAUCUCUCCUUUUUCUACGUUUUUCUUUUUUUUUUUUUUUAAUUAACCAAAGGAAAGUUAUGUAAAUUGUGUUGUGUAGACGGAAGUGAGGAGUUUCCUGAACGAGGCCUGUGCCAAAACCACAAAUUAUUUUAUCCACGUCUCUCAGCCAAUUAAAAGUCUCCAUUCGGCCCUGAAAAGCCUUUAAAGCAGCGGGAGACGAGACCUUAUGUUUGGACAAAAGUGGUGCAAAAUCUCCAGUGAUUACUGUCUAGUUUUCACUGUGUUGUAUGGAGUAAUAUCUCUUAAUGAAGAAGUAUUGGAGUUGUAGUGUAAUAUCACACUUACAGUUGAUCUGUUGAAUCAUAAUCCACUGACUUCUAAGCAUUAAUUCCUUUUUUUGUUUUGUUUUGUUUUGUGCCAGAACCGCCUUGAAGAGAAAUGUAAAUUCAGGCAGUUCAGAGUGUGAAUUAACUUUUAAUUUUUAUUAUUAUUAUUUUCUAGUUCACAUGGGGUUCAAUAUGCUUUUUGUUGGGAUACACAGUGUCUGUUAGUUAACCAUUCCUGAGCUCAAGCCGAAUGUCCUUAAUGCUGCACUUUUAUUUAGCAGCAUAACAGUUACAGUCAAGCCUUGAUUCACCUGGUGGAUUUAUAAAUACUCUAAUCUGGGGUUAGCACAGGAGUUUCAGGGGGGGAGGGGGGCACGUGUUGUGAUUUCUUUUUGCCCCCCUUCAUGCCUGCACUUCUGUGUCAAAGUCAGUGUGACGACGUAUUAAGAUUUCAGGGGAGUUGUGUCUCUUAGUUGCAGGCAUCGCCACAGACGCCCGGCUGCCAAAAACCAUAAAAAAAACUUUGUUUUUUAAGUUUUUUUUUGUUUUGUUUUUGUUUUUUUUAAAAAGUGCGUAUUACUUUUUUUCAUUCUUUAUUGUUCUUUUUAAAGACAAAUGCCUUUUUGUGUACCAUUGCCUAUUUUGAGCACCACAUGUACUUAAGUUUAAGAGUCACUGUUUUAAAAAAGCAAUCACACAUCUCUCAGCUUUGGCAGUGUAGAUAGUCAGUGUCGUGGUUGUAGAUUGUUGGGCCUGUGAUAGUCAGCUGGAUUCAGUAGUUAAAACACAUGCACACACAAGUAUACAGGUUUCAAUAGGAGAGUAUUUUCUUGUUUUCUGUUGAUGUUAAUCAAACUUUAAAGGAAUAGUCAAACAUUUAACGGAACAUCACUCAUCUAAUUUCUUGCACAGAGUCAGAUGAGAAGAUAGACACCACUCUCACGUCUGCACGCUAAAUAUGAAGCCAGCUAGCAAGCCACCAGCUGAUUAGCUUAGCGUAAACACUAAAAAAUAAAGGGGUAAACGGCUAGCCUGGUUCUGUCCAAAGGGCACAGCACGACGGAGUAAACAAACGAGAUAUAAUGUGUUAAUUGUUGAGCUUUCGAGGUGGUGCUAAACGGUGAUGCCACUCUCAAGUCUGUAUGCGAAUCAUGAAGCUACAUCCAAUGGCAGAUUAGCUUAGCUUAGCAUAAAGAAGCACAAAGAUAAACAGGUGGAAACACCUGGCCUGAUUUUGUCCAAAAG